UUUGGUUGACUCAUACUUUCUCUCUCUUGUUUCUCUCUCCUACUUUUCUCUCCUUCUCCUCUCUUUCUUUCUUUCUUUCUCACCUUCCCUGUUCAUGGCACCUCUCUAUAUUCACACACUCUCACUCACUCACACUCUCACAAUCACAAACACAAUCACACUCUCUUAAAACCUCUUCCAUCUUCUUCUUGUUCCUCCUCUUUUUCUUCUUGUUUUUCUCUGGGACAAUUCAUCAAACACUUAGUCUUCUUCUUUUUCUGCUUCCAUUAAUAACAUUCCAAUUCAGCACAAGUGGCAGUGGGUGAUGACCCUUUAUGGCUAAAUGCCCCAAAACGAGACUCACUGCCACCACCCCAAUGGUGACGCCACCACCCUCACCACCACCCCCAACCACCAUAACAACCACCCUGUUCUGACCCUUCACCUCAAAGACCCCAUUUUGGAACAAAAUUCAGACACCCUUUUCACACCAACACCAACAAUGGCUUCCACAAACUCCACCAACUCCACCGACCCUCUUCCUUCCCCUGAUGACAUCGCCGCCAAAGCCCUCACAAAACGCUUCGACGCACUCAUCACGGUUCGAACCAAAGCCAUAAAGGGAAAGGGUGCUUGGUACUGGACCCAUCUCGAACCCAUUCUUGUUCGGAACCCCGAUUCCGGCGCCCCCAAAUCGGUGAAACUCAAGUGUUCUCUGUGUGACUCUGUUUUCUCUGCUUCCAACCCUUCAAGAACAGCUUCCGAGCAUCUCAAGAGGGGCACGUGUCCCAAUUUCAGCACAGGAUUGAGGCCCGGUUCGGUUCCUUCUCCGCUUCCAAUCUCAGUGGUCAACACCGGUUCGAACCAUAGCAACAAUAGCAGGAAGAGGGCUUCACCUGCUUCACCUGCUCCUUAUCAAAAUCAUGCCUUGGCAAUGGUGGAGUCUUCAAAGUUUGGUCCUUUUGGUGGUGAAAUUGGGUACACUCAGGUGCAUGGUAACUCUGUGAACCAGCACCAUCAUCAUAACCAGCAUCAGCAUCAUCAUCAGCAGCAGCAUUUAGUGCUGUCUGGUGGGAAGGAAGAUUUGUGUGCUUUGGCUAUGUUUGAGGACAGUGUGAAGAAGCUCAAGAGCCCUAAGACCUCACCUGGUCCUGCUUUGAGUAAGGAGCAGGUCAACUCUGCCCUUGAGUUGCUCUCUGAUUGGUUGUAUGAGACUUGUGGUUCUGUGUCUCUGGCCACAAUUGAGCACAGAAAGUUUCAGGCUUUUCUAAGCCAGGUUGGUUUGCCUGCAACAAAUACUUUGAGGCGUGAAAUCUCAGGUCCAAGGCUUGAUGCUAAGUUCAGUGAGGCCAAGGCUGAGUCUGAGGCCAAGAUAAGGGAUGCCAUGUUCUUUCAGGUGGCUAGUGAUGGUUGGAAGAAUAGGAAUUGGUAUAGUUUGUGUUGUGGUGGUGAGAAUUUGGUGAAGUUUGUGGUGAAUCUUCCCAAUGGUACUAGUGUGUUCCAGAAGGCUUUGUUCACUGGUGGAGUUGUGUCUUCCAGUUAUGCUGAGGAGGUUCUGUGGGAGACUGUGACUGGUGCCAGUGGAAGUGUUGUUCAAAGGUGUGUUGGGAUUGUUGCAGACAAGUUCAAGGCCAAGGCUUUGAGGAACUUGGAGGCUCAGAACCAUUGGAUGGUAAAUACUUCUUGUCAGCUUCAGGGGUUCAUUAGUUUAAUCAAGGAUUUUAACAACGAGCUACCACUUUUCAGGGUUGUCAUUGAGAAUUGCCUUAAGGUUGCGAAUUUUAUAGACAAUGAGUCUCAGGUCAGGAAUAGUUUUCUCAAGUACAGGAUGCAAGAGAUGGAGUAUUCAGGGUUGAUUCGAGUCCCUUCGCCGAAAUGUGACCCUUUAAAGAACUUUGCGGCUUUGUUUCCGAUGUUGGAGGACAUUUGGAGCUGUGCAAGGGUGAUCCAGAUGGUUGUGAUGGAGGAUACGUUUAAGGUAAACUGCAUGGAGGAUCCACUGGCCAGGGAGGUGGCUGCAAUGGUUCAGAAUGAGGGCUUUUGGAAUGAGUUAGAAGCCGUUUAUUCGAUUGUGAAGGUCAUAAGAGGAAUGAUUCAGGACAUUGAAGCUGAGCGACCAUUGAUUGGUAGAUGCUUGCCUCUUUGGGAGGAGUUGAGAACCAAGGUGAAAGAAUGGUGUUCCAAGUACAACAUUGCGGAAGGUCCUGUAGAGAAAAUAGUCGAAAAGAGAUUCAGAAAGAAUUAUCACCCGGCAUGGGCAGCAGCAUUUAUUCUUGAUCCGCUUUACUUGAUCAAAGACACAAGUGGAAAGUAUCUUCCUCCAUUCAAGUGCUUGACACGUGAACAGGAGAAAGAUGUAGAUAAGUUAUUGACAAGGCUUGCUUCGAGGGAAGAAGCUCAUGUUGUGUUGAUGGAGCUAAUGAAAUGGAGAUCAGAAGGGCUCGACCCUCUUUAUGCGCAGGCAGUUCAAAUAAAGCAGAGGGAUCCGGCGACGGGGAGGAUGAAAGUCGCAAACCCAUUGGGUAGUAGGCUUGUUUGGGAAACAUGCUUGAGUGAGUUCAAAUCCUUGGGGAAGAUUGCGGUAAGGCUUAUCUUUCUGCAUGCAACCUCAUGCGGAUUUAAGAGUAAUUGGUCUUUCAUGAGGAAAAUAUCUACAAAUAAACAAUCAAGAGUUGCAUUGGAAAGAGCCCAGAAAAUGGUGUAUGUUGCAGCUCAUGCCAAGCUUGAAAGGAGAGACUUUAGUAGCGAGGAAGAAAAAGAUGCAGAACUGUUUGCCAUGAGCGGCAGCAGUGAGGAGGGUAUGUUAGCUGAUGUCUAUGCUGAUGCAUCCUUAGUGUAAUGUUGCAUCUUUUUUCAACUUAUUUAGUAUUGUGUAAUUGUAGGAUUUAUCAUAUUCUUUCCAGCACUUCUAUUAUUCUCUUACCAUUUUAGUGGAAGAAAUUUUUGUGACCUGGAAUUGAAUUGAAGUAGGAGGGUAUUAGAAGAAGUAAAAAGCAUGUUAGUGA